AUGUUAUGUUCUAGCCCUUAUCACUUUAUGAUCCAAGUUCGAAAACUAAGGUCACAGCCAACAGUUCGUCCUACGGUGUUGGUGCAGUACUUACUGUACACUCUGUCAUGCGCACCAGUACCCGACACAAAUGCCAUUGAUGACUUAAACAAAGAAAUUGAUGCCUUUGUCAACGUGGUUAUCAAAGGUUUACCAGCAACUGAUACUCGUUUAGAAGAGAUAAAACGACACCAGCUAGAAGAUGAAACCCGUCAAGAAAUAUCCAAGUAUGUGAGGAUGGCCAGACAAAGAGAAUCUUAAAGGAAUGGUGUGACAUUAUUGGCCAUAUAGAGUACAACUCACCUUAGUGAACAGUCUUCUCCUAUACGAAUCGAGAAUAGUUAUUCCCUUAGCUCUACGUCAAGAUGUUCUAGACAAGCUGCAUGAAGGACAUCAAGGAAUUGUAAAGUGUAGACGAGUUGCAAUUCAAUCAGUGUCGUGGCCUGGAGUCGGCAAAAACAUCAAAGAAUUGAUUGAUAACUACAUAAUUUGCUGCCAAACAACAAAGGACCACCCCGAACCACUGAUACCUACGCCGAUGGCAUUCAUCCGUGGCAGAGAAUCGCAACAGAUCUUAUGCAAUUCAAGAAAGCUCAAUAUUUAGUGGUAGUUGCUUACUACUCAAGAUAUAUUGAACUUUCCAAACUGGAAAGUGUUUGUGUCAUCAACCACCUGAUGAUGAAGAACAAAGCUUCCAGAAUUACCUAGAAAUCUGCAACCUGUUCUACCCCACCAACAACAUGUGCAAGAAAAAGAAGAAACAUCUCUUGUUAAUAUGAAACUGAACUUUGAUAAGCAUCAUGCAGCAAAGUCACUCCAAGUUUUGCAAAACGGUGAUGAAGUAUGGGUACAAGAUAGAAAGGAAAGUGGAAAGGUAGAAGGACAAGCGAAUAGUAACAUGAGCAGAUCGUAUGUGGUAAAGACACCAACAGCAACAGUUAGAAGAAAUAGAGUUCAAAUAAAUAAAUUGCCUGAUCAAGAUACAUUCAUACCACAAUCUAAACCUCCCGAAACUGCUAAUCAGCCAGUGCCCCAACCGGUUCCUGCAUUGAAUAUUCCCAAGCCAUCGGAACAGUCAGCUGAAAAACGUAUUCAAACAAGGUUCGAACGAGUUGUCAAGAAGCCUGCAAGAUUUACUGUAUGA